ACUCAUCAGCCCAUCCCUUUCAUCCGACGGCCAAGAUUCUCGCGUCACCUUAAAGCUACCGGAAGCAGUAGUUGCUCAAAACCCUCUCAUCACUUUCCCCCCCCCCUAUACAUACCCUUCUCCCACACUCUCUCUCUCUCUCUCUCUCUCUCCCUCAACUUGGACUCGCAGGGCCAGCCGCUCUCUGUUCCGUAUCAUCAAUGGCUUUGCAAAAUCAGCAAACCGUUGACUAUCCGAGUUUCAAGCUCGUGAUUGUAGGCGAUGGUGGAACUGGGAAAACAACAUUUGUGAAGAGACAUCUUACUGGUGAAUUUGAGAAGAAAUACGAACCAACCAUUGGUGUGGAAGUUCAUCCCCUGGAUUUCUCCACUAACUGUGGAAAAAUUCGAUUUUACUGCUGGGACACUGCUGGGCAGGAGAAAUUUGGUGGUCUUAGGGACGGCUACUAUAUCCAUGGACAAUGUGCCAUCAUCAUGUUUGAUGUUACCGCCCGCUUGACAUACAAAAAUGUUCCAACGUGGCACCGGGAUCUUUGCCGGGUGUGUGAGAAUAUUCCAGUUGUACUUUGUGGAAACAAAGUUGAUGUGAAGAAUAGGCAAGUGAAGGCAAAGCAAGUUACUUUCCAUCGGAAAAAGAACUUGCAAUACUACGAGAUUUCGGCAAAGAGCAACUAUAACUUUGAGAAGCCUUUUCUGUACCUUGCCAGAAAACUUGCUGGGGAUCCAAACUUGCAUUUUGUGGAGGCUCUUGCCCUACUUCCUCCAGAAGUGAACAUUGACAUCGCUGCGCAACAACUGCACGAGCGAGAGCUGGCUGAUGCUGCAAAUCAGCCCCUUCCAGAUGACGAUGACGAUGCAUUUGAUUAGACAGGAUUUCUUCCUUGGCGUGAUGUUAUGCUUAAACGUCGUCUCUCAUUCCCUUCUUAUUGGAUGUGGCGUCUCAAAUUUGUUAUGCACAAACGUCGUCUCUCAUUCCCUUCGUAUUGGAUGUGGCGUCUCAAAUUUUCCAACGUAACUUCUUAAUAUUUCAUGUUCUAGUGAGGGUUUUGGAUUGAUAUGUAGGGAUUUUCCGAGCUAUUACUACUAGUAUGUGUGCGUGGUAUUUGUUUGUAAGGAGCGUACUAGGCGUUGGUGAAAUAGUUCACUCAAUAUUGGGAAAACAUUGAUCAGCAACUCCUUAUAUAGCUUAACAAUUUCAGCUGGAUGGUAAGAUUUAUUUCAUGGAUGUGCAGCUUUCUUCUA